GUGAAGUGGUGGGACUAUUACCAUCUCAUAAUGUGUAAAUUAAAAUGUUUAACGUUCGUGACAACUUUUUUGGGUCUGUUUGGGAUUAGUGCGUCGACCAUAUUGCAAACGGGACGAUGUGAAAGUAUAAAUGUUGAAAGUGACUUUAACAUUACUGAAUUCGCAGGAUCAUGGGAGGAAGCGCGGCGUUCUGGCAGCGUGACACAGGGCAGCGACUGUUCCAGGGUCGAAGUAACUGAGACUGAAGAUGGAGUAUCGUUCGUGAAUAGGGCUGUCGACAGCAACUUCUUGGUCAUCACUGAGGGCAACGGCGUUGAGGCUAAUGGGAUCAUAACUUUGGAUGUCAACGGGAGUCCGGUGGUAAUAAACGUCCUUCUUAUCAAUUACAACAUUUAUGCUCUCAUGUACAGCUGUGUUGACAUCGGAGAGUCGAAUAGAGAAGUGACUAUCUACCUCCUGCAAAGAGAAGAUGCCGUGCUAACAGAAAUGAUGACUGAGCUGAUUAUUUUCACUUUGAACAGCAACUUCGGCAUAACUCUCAAUGACCUAAGGCAGAUAGAUCAUUCAGAAGAGGCAUGUUUUGAACUGCCUGUGAUAAAUCCUGGUCUUCCUGUGGUUCUAGAUGGGUUGUGUGAUCAGAACAUCCCUGCUGUGCCUGGGUUUCAGCCUGAAGAUUUCAUCGGUGUAUGGCACCAAAUCGGCAGCUACUACUCCGAAAGCUCGGUCGGCACGUGCUCUCGCGCAGAAUACAGCCUCGGCAAUGACGUCAUCAAUGUAUUGAACAGUGAAGUCGUCCAACAAACGCUUUCAACCAUCUCUGGCACUGCGUCUAUCGUAAGCGCUGAUGGAAGUGGAAAACUCCAGGUUCUUCUGGAAAUUGGGCCAGAACUUGUGGCAGAACAAGAGCUGUACAUAAUUGGAACAGAUUACAAUAGCUUUGCUGUGUCAUACUCUUGUCUCAACUUGACGGAAACCAAUCAGAGAAAAGUUUACAGUUGGAUCCUAACUAGGUCUCCGCAAAUAACGAGUGAAACCCAAACCCUGAUUGACGAAACUCUCCACUCGUUCAGAGACCUCAACCAGAGGUACUAUCAAGAUACUCCAAGAAGUAAUGAUGACUGCUUCUACUUCCCUGUACCUGAUGGUUCUCCUGUCGUCUUUAGAGGACCGUGUGAUCAGAGUAUCCCGGUUAUGCCUGACUUUGAUCCCGCGGAAUAUCUCGGAAUAUGGCACAGCAUCCAAUCUUACCCAUCCCAAUUCAUAUUCGGUUCAUGUGUCAACGCCGAGUAUUCUCUUAUCGAUGAUAGUAAUAUUGAAGUCCGGAACACUCAGGUCGUUGGAGAAAGACUUCUCACUAUUGAGGGUACUGCAGUUGUGGUUAAUGCUUCUGAGGCUGCUAAGUUGUCAGUCACUUUCCCCAUUGAAGGAACUAAUCUAACAACCACAACUGAUUACUGGGUACUGGAUACGGAUUACACAACAUAUUCUCUGGUAUACACGUGUGUGGAUGAUUUGGAAAAUAAUGAAAGAGCAGUCACCAGUUGGAAGCUCAGCAGAACGAAGUCCCUUAAUACAACAGUAUUAUCUCUCAUGGACGAUAUAAUUGACACGAUCCCAGUCCUCAAGAACAGCUACUACCUGACAGAAGACCAAUCUCUAACAGGUUGUUUCUACUACCCUGAAGCUGUGCCUGGUCAAGUGGUCAUCUUUCCUGGACAGUGUGGAGAUAUUGAAACAGUGCCAAACUUCAAUCUGACCGCGUUCGCCGGCACCUGGUUUGAAUUGGAAGCCUACCCUAAAGACCAGCAAGGCGGGCAAUGCAUCAGUCACGAAUACGAAUACACGGGAGACAACACAUUAAGUCUGCAGUCUUCACAAAUCGUGAAUCACCGCCUUGUAGUCUCCAACGGUGUUGUUACUUCUGAUAGUGCCAAUAGUGCGCGAUUGACUAUCAGUAUUACUUCUGAUGGCGAGAUUAUAACAAUUCCAUUCUGGAUUGUCAGCACCGACUAUGAGAACUAUGCUCUUGCAUACAGUUGUGUUGAACGAAAUGAAGAUUUCAGGGCAGUGUACAGUUGGAAACUUAGCAGAUCGUACGGUCUCAGCGAAGACUCUAUCAAUUAUAUCGAAGCUGCUAUGCUUCCUAUUGAAGUUCUCAACAACACUUACUUCGAAACAAUCGACCAAUCUCUAAGUGCAUGUUUCUACCUCCCUGACUUAGAGCCUGGGGAACCAGUGGUUCUUGUAGGACAAUGUGAAUAUGAUUUGCCUCUGGUGCAAGACUUUAGGCCAGAUUUGUAUACUGGCAAAUGGAGAUUACUCUCGACAUACCCUGCGGAAUUUCAAGAUGGAACCUGUAACGACGCCACAUACACUCUCCUAGAUGAUGACACAGUAGAAGUGUAUAAUACGCAGGUGGUAGACAAGACAUUAGAUACUAUUACAGGAUCAGCUGUUCUGGCUUCUGAAAAUGGAACUGGAAUAUUGCUUGUUACUUUCCCUGGCAAUCCUAUACAAUCCGAAUAUUAUAUACUAGAUACCGACUACACCACGUAUUCAUUAGUAUAUUCCUGUAUCAAUCUAAACGAAAGAGAAAGACGAAUCUACAGCUGGAUCCUCAGCCGUAACGAGACGUUACCAGAGGAGUCUCUCGCUAGCAUUGACGCAAUCAUCUAUAACGUCACAGUGUUAGACCACAGGUUCUACCAAACCGUCAACAGAUCUGAUGAAGACUGCUUCUACUUCCCAGAGGCUGAUGGUAGACCAGUGGUAUUUAGAGGACAGUGCGAUCAGAAUAUUCCUGUUGUUCAGAACUUUAACGCUGCAGGUUAUCUCGGCCUAUGGCAUAACAUUCAGUCGUACCCCUCAUUGUCCCAAGUGGGUACUUGUAAUAACGCUUACUACGCCCUGGACGAUGGAUUGAUCGAAGUCUUCAACACUGAAGUCAUCAACCAAACGCUAAGCACCAUCAAUGGCGUUGCUUAUAUCAAUGAAGAAGAUCCUGCUAAGCUGGUAGUUUCAUUCCCAAGUGUACCAGAAGUGACUAUAGACUACUGGAUUCUAGAUACCGAUUACGUGUCCUAUUCCUUAGUAUACUCAUGUGCCAACCAGGGUGACGAAUAUCGUCAAGUGUGGAGUUGGAAGCUCAGUAGAACAAAAGACUUUCCCGUGGCAGCUGAUUCAGCUAUCAAUGAAACUAUGAGCAACAUUGAGAUUCUAGAUCAAAGGUACUACGUGGUCGGUGAUCAGAGUCCUGAAGGUUGCUUUUACUAUCCUGAACCGAUCCAAGGCGUACCUGUGGUUUUCCCAGGACAGUGUGAUGCUAACAUCCCUGUUGUUAGCGAUUUCAACAUAACGAGGUUUGAAGGCAGAUGGAUUGAGAUAGAAGCUUACCCUGACGAGCAAGAAGGGGAAUGUUUGAGUCACACCAUCUCAUCUGGAACUGGCAACUCUUGGAAUGUGGUCUACAGCAGUGUUACCAAUUUAACUUUGAAUACAAGCGAUGCAGUUUUGAGUCAAUCGACGACCGAGCCCGGAAAACUAACAAUCACUUUAACUACACCAGCUGGAGUCGUUACAAGACCGUUUUGGAUUCUGGACACCGAUUACGAAAACUACGCUUUGGCUUAUAGCUGUGUUGAUAAUGAAAAUGACGAUACACGAAAUGUGUACAGUUGGAAGCUCAGCAGAACGAGGGACCUGCCUUCAGAAUACAACGAUCUAUUCGACAGUACUAUCGACAACAUAGAUGUACUUCGUAACAGUUACUUCUGGCCAGUAGACCAAGCAGACGAUGCUUGCUUCUAUUUACCAGAUCUACAACCAGGAGAACCAGCCAUCUUCCCUGGACAAUGUGACCAAACUAUACCUGUUGUUUCUAAUUUUGAUGUUGAAAGGUAUCUUGGUCGUUGGCGCCUCAUCUCCAGCUACCCAUCAGCUUUGCAAGAAGGCACUUGUAAUGAAGCUUACUAUGAUUUAGCUGAUGAUGGAGCCAUCAUUGUGUAUAAUACCGAGGUUGUCGACUUGGCAUUAGCGUCUAUCAAUGGAUCAGCUCAAGUUAUUGCAAACGGAAAACUGCUGGUUAAUUUAUCUACAGCUCCUGAACCGGUUGAGUACUGGAUUUUGGAUACUGACUACGACACAUAUACAUUGGUUUACAGUUGUGUUAACAUCAAUGAAGAGCAACGUCAAGUGUGGAGUUGGAAGAUGAGCCGUAGUCAUUCUCUGAACGAGACAGUACUAGAAGCCAUGGAUGAAAUCAUAGAUUCAAUCAAUGUUCUAAACAAUGUGUACUACACUGAUGUUCUUCAUAGUGAAAACGACUGCUUCUACUUCCCUGAACCUAACAAUCAGACUGUCAUCUUUAGAGGACAGUGUAAUGAGAGUAUUUCUGUACUUCAGAACUUUAAUGUGACUGCAUACUUAGGCGAAUGGUACGCCAUCGAGAGCUACCCCCUCGAGUUUCAAUUCGGGACUUGCCAAAAAGCUGAAUACUCCUUAAACGACGAAGGAGGUAUCGAUGUCUACAACACUCAAGUCUAUAGACAAAGACUGGAUGCCAUCAGAGGCACAGCUGUUGCGAGCGAUGAUGGAAGUGCUAAACUGAAUGUAACGUUCCCGAUUGGUGAAUUUGAAGUAGUCAGUCCAUAUUGGGUUCUAGAUACUGAUUACGAAAACUAUGCUCUGGUGUACUCGUGCGUCAAUAUUAAUGAAGAUUACUAUAGAGUUAAUAGCUGGAAAUUGAGCAGAGGAUGGGAGUUGAGUGACAGUAUCAAUUAUCAAAUCAAUUCAGUCAUGCGUGAAAUCAGAGUACUAGACCAGAGGUACCACAUUACGUGGGGCCAUGGUGAAGAGGAAUGCUUCUUCUAUCCACCACUGACUGAUGGCAAACCUGUGAUUCCUGGCCAGUGCGAGGAUGACAUCGCCAAUAUCGUAGACAAUUUCAACGCUGCUAGAUUUGCUGGUACCUGGUAUGAAGCGGAACGUUUCCCAUCAGAGCUGCAAAGCGGUGAAUGUGCUACCAACAUAUUUGAACAAACUUCCGCCAACACGUUCUCCCUGAGCAAGAGCAUUAUCUACAAUGAAAGGUUGGAGACGUUUACUGGAACAGCCACGCUUGCUGAAGAUGGUAGCGGGGUAUUGACUGUCAAUCUUGUCUCUGAAAGUGGAGCUAGUAUCAACCUGGACCUGUAUGUAUUGGACACGGAUUACGAUAGCUACGCACUGCUCUAUAGCUGCAGAAAUUUCGACGAGGAUAGAAAACAAGUUUACAGUUGGAAGCUCAGCAAGUACCAAGAAGGCCUCACAGACGAAGCAAAUGCAGCUAUCGAUCAUAUAGUUGCCGAAACUUACGAUCUAUUCGAGGACUACUAUGAAGUUAUCGGUCAUAACAUCGAUACAUGUUUCUACUAUCCUGAUUUUGAUGGAAUUCCAGAAGCUAUCGAGCUACCUGGAUCAUGUGAUGAUAGAAUAGUUGGCGUUGCUAACUUUGAUGCUAGUGCUUAUACUGGAAGAUGGUUCGAAAUCGCGCGCUAUCCACUGUUUGACCAAACUGGCACUUGCAGUCGAGCGCACUACACCGACCUCGGCGAUGACAUAGGAGUCCUUAAUACAGAAGUUCUCAACCAAACUCUCAACUCUCAAGAAGGAACCGCACAACUGUCUUCCAAUGAUGGCAGUGGCGUUAUUAACGUUACCUUUGUUGUGGGCAACGAGGAGAGAGUGGCAACUCUUUACGUGCUUGCCACUGACUACAUUUCCUACUCAUUGGUCUACAGCUGCCAAAACUUAGACAAUGGAAAUAGACUAGUGAGCAGUUGGAAGUUAAGCAGAGAAAGGACACUCAGUGCUGGAGCUACUGCCAUCAUAGACGAAAUAAUUGGAAAAACUCAAGGCCUGGACAACGCUUACUUCUUGACUACCGACCAAUCCGACGAGGCCUGCUUCUACAUACCCGAAGUGAAUGAUCAAGCGCCUGUGUUCAGACAACCUUGCGCAACUAUCACUGGGCAACAAAACUUCGACAUUCAACAGUUCAUGGGCUGGUGGCACGAAAUCGAGAGCUACCCUCGAGACAACGAAGCUGGAGAUUGUCUCAGCUCCAACUACGAGACACUGGGCGAUCAGAUCAGGGUCGUUGACACCGCAAUCUUCAACGUGACUGCCCAGUUCACCUCUGGAACUGUCCAAGCUGAUAGCAAUGGUAGAUUGCUUCGCUUCCUCAGCAAUGGGACCACGUCAUUCAUACAAGAUGUCUGGGUGCUAGCAACAGACUACAGUACCUAUGCGCUUCUAUAUUCCUGCGAGACCAUCGAUAACGAAUACAGAAAAGUUUGGAGCGCGAAAUACAGCAAGUCUCGCAUCGAAGAGUUCCCCGCAGCCGCUCAAACAGCGAUGGACGCCGUGAUCUCCGAAAACCAAGUCUUGUACCCUCAGUUCUACAGCACGACCAGCCAGACUGCAAACGCCUGCUUCCACUAUCCUGAGCAGGACGGCCAACAGGUCAUCCUGCCUGGACAGUGCGAUGACUUCAUUACCAAUGAACAGAACUUCAACGCUAUUGAAUACACGGGCACCUGGUACCAAAUAGAGCGUUACCCGUACCAGUUGGAGAGCGGUUCGUGUUCCGGCGCCAGGUACUCCCUGGACCAGGGCACGGAGACAGUGACUGUACUAAACUGGGAGGUCGUCAACGGUACCCUGGAGACCAUCGAGGGAACCGCCGUUGUCAGUUCAGAAGACGGCAGUGCCAAGCUUACUGUGUCACUGCCCGUUGCUGGGACUGAUGUGAUGACCAAUUCGACCCUGUACGUACUGACUACGGACUACGUAUCGUACUCGCUCGUGUACAGUUGCGUCAACAUCGACCUGUACAACAGAGCUGUCACCGCCUGGAAGCUGAGUCGCACGCGCACACUACCAGCAGCCGCCGCCACGGCCCUGAACCUAUACAUGGAUACCAGGGAAGAACUCCACCAGUCAUUCUUCAUACAAGUGGAACAGAACGAGGACUGCGAGGAACCCAAUUCUUCCGCUUUUGUCACCAGUAGUAUUAUUGUGACGGUAGUUUGUCUCGCUGUUAGGAUGCUAGUGUAAAUUUUAAUUGUAGGUUAGGUAUAUUUUAUAAAUUGUCCCACGAUUGUCUCUUGUUUUUCAUAAAAAUCGUUCACUAGUUAUUCCUCUUUUCGAUUAUGCAGAUACUGUAAUCCUUAUGAGGAACUCAAAAUUUCUGCAUCAAGUUCAUAUUUGUUUUUCGCAAAUACGAUCACUUGAGUGUCGCAAGCAUCUAUAUUCCUAUUAGAACUCGACGUAAUUUUUAAUCCUUUCUCCCCUAUUUAUCUCCGCGAAAAGUUCACUUUUCGCAAUAAUGACAAUCGUCUGCAUUCCGCUAAUAACCUUCUUUCUACACCAAUGCAAUACUCUCAUUCCUUUUAAAAGUCCUUCUUCAAUAAAGCUUAGAGCUCUAAUGGAAUUCUCUCCCAUUAAGCUCCCAUUGGACACAAUGGCAACAUCCAUCAACUCUUAAAGAUCUCGUUUCAAAAUUCUACCAUACAUGUUUAAGUAACGGAGUAUUUUUGCAGAGAUUUAUGUUAAGAACUUUGAUAGGUAUUUGUAAUUUGAUAGGUACCUAUAAGGACAUUGUAAUUUAGAAUUUAGACCGUCAUUGUAAACACCAUUUAUUGCUAAUAAAUAAAUUGAAUUGUACUUAGCGAGAUUUGUCCCCGAAAAUUUAUUUCGAUCUCACAAUCAUAGAUUUAGUGUUGUGGUAUUGCAGUGCCUGUAUCGACAAUUAAAGUUAGGGCUAAGCACAUGAUUAUUAAGUUGUAAGGAAAGGAAGUAUAAAUAUAUGUGAAGUACCAACGCAA